UUUGAUUCCGGAUUGAUUUUGCUGUUGCACGUCUAGCGGGCGCGUUUAUUCCGUGCCUGUUAGCUUUUAGUUUUGGUUUGUUUGUGUAAUGCUUCGCUGUAAAUUAGCAUUUUUUUUAAGCAAGCAUGGCGCUCUCGAUGGAAACUCAACUACAGAGUAUUUUCGAAGAUGUUGUGAAAACUGAGAUGAUAGAAGAGGCAUUUGCUGGGAUGGUUAUGGACACCCCCGAGGAUGAGAGGACCAAACUGAUCAGUUGCCUUGGAGCCUUCAGAGAAUACUGGGGAACAUUACCACAGGAGUCUCAUGAACAGUGUGUACAGUGGAUAGUGCGGUUUACACACAGCCAGCACAGUCCCAAAAGAAUCUCCUUCCUCUAUGAUUGUCUAGCAAUGGCUGUGGAGACUAGUUUGUUACCACCCAGGAUGGUGUGUGCAGCUCUAAUAAGCUCAGAAAGUUUGGAGUGGGAGAGGACUCAGUUGUGGGAAUUAACUUUUAAAUUGUUCCGCAAGAUCAUUGGAGGGGUGGACUACAAGGGUGUCCGGGACCUGUUGAAAACUGUUCUGGAGAAAAUUGAGACCAUUCCUAUCACUGUGAGCUCAGCUAUAGUCCCACAGCUUCUGGCUGCCAGAGAGGUGGUACAAUAUAUCCUGGACAGAAAUGCCUGCCUCCUGCCAGCCUACUUUGCUAUUGCAGAAAUCAGAAAACUGUAUCCAGAGGGACAGCUGUCACACUGGCUUCUAGGUAGUUUGAUAUCAGACUUUGUGGACAGUUUCAGACCUACAGCCAGAAUCAACUCAAUUUGUGGAAGAUGCAGCCUGUUACCUGUAGUGAAUAACAGCGGGGCCAUCUGUAACUCCUGGAAGUUAGACCCCACUACUCUCCGCUUCCCUCUUAGAGGCUUGUUGCCGUUUGAUAAGGACCUGUUUGAGCCACAGACUUUCUUGCUGCGUUAUGUAUUAGAACAGCCAUACUCAAGAGACAUGGUCUGCAACAUGUUAGGACUCAACAAAGCGACACUGAACAUUGCCCAGUUUAAGCAGCGUUGCCCGGUGCUAGAGGAGCAGCUGGUGGACUUGGUGGUGUACGCCAUGGAGCGCUCUGAGACGGAGGAAUACUUUGACGCCGAUGUCGGAGGAACCAGCCAACUGCUGUGGCAGCAUCUCUCAUCCCAGCUCAUCUUCUUUGUGUUGUUUCAGUUUGCAAGCUUCCCACACAUGGUGCUGUCAUUACAUCAGAAGCUUGCAGGCAGAGGUCUUAUUAAAGGGAGAGACCACCUGAUGUGGGUCCUGCUGCAGUUUAUAUCUGGAAGCAUUCUGAAGAAUGCCUUAGGCGACUUCCUGCCUGUCAUGAAGCUCUUUGACCUGCUUUACCCAGAAAAAGAGUGCAUCCCAGUUCCUGACAUUAGCAAGCCCCAGUCAACUCAUUCCUUUGCUAUGACCUGCAUCUGGAUUCACCUGAACCGCAAAGCUCAGAACGACAACUCCAAACUACAGAUACCAAUACCACACUCUCUGAAACUACAACAUGAGUUUCUCCAGCAGUCAUUGCGAAACAAGAACCUCGGCAUGAACGACUAUAAGAUCGUUUUGCUGUGUAAUGCCUACAGCACCAACACAGAAUACUUCGCCUUGCCGAUGGGUGUCCUGGUAGAGGCCAUCUAUGGCAACGGAUCUAUGAGGAUCCCCCUACCCGGCACCAACUGUGUGGCUUCGGGAUCUGUCCCCCCUCUGCCUAUGAACCUGCUGGAUUCACUCACAGUCCAUGCAAAGAUGAGUCUCAUCCAUAGCAUUGCCACUCGAGUGAUAAAGUUGGCCCAAGCUAAGUCUAGUGUUGCCCUGGCCCCUGCACUUGUAGAAACAUACAGCAGACUGUUGGUCUAUAUGGAGAUCGAGUCAUUGGGCAUUAAAGGAUUCAUCAGCCAGUUGUUGCCCAAUGUGUUCAAGUCUCAUGCGUGGGGAAUCCUUCACACGUUGCUGGAGAUGUUCAGCUACAGGAUGCACCACAUCCAGCCGCACUACAGAAUCCAGCUUCUGAGUCAUCUGCACAGUCUGGCUGCCGUACCCCAGACCAACCAAAAUCAGCUGCAUCUUUGCACUGAGAGCACAGCUCUGCGGUUGAUCACAGCAUUGGGGAGUUCAGAGGUGCAGCCCCAGUUCACCCGCUUCCUCAACGACCCAAAGACCGUUCUGUCGGCCGAGUCUGAGGAACUGAACCGAGCCCUGAUCCUCACCUUAGCCAGAGCCACACAUGUCACUGACUUUUUCACAGGAUCAGACUCCAUCCAAGGGACUUGGUGUAAAGACAUUCUCCAGACCAUUAUGACCUUCACGCCUCAUAACUGGGCUUCACACACGCUGUCCUGCUUUCCUGCUCCACUACAGGCAUUCUUCAAACAGAACAAUGUUCCUCAAGAGUCUCGUUUCAACCUGAAGAAGAACGUUGAAGAGGAGUACAGGAAGUGGAAGUCUAUGGCCAAUGAGAACGACAUCAUUACCCACUUCUCCAUGCAGGGUUCACCCCCUCUGUUUCUCUGCCUGCUAUGGAAAAUGCUGCUGGAGACAGACCACAUAAACCAGAUUGGCUUCAGGGUCUUGGAGCGCAUCGGGGCUCGUGCGCUGGUUGCUCAUGUGCGGACAUUUGCGGACUUCCUUGUCUAUGAGUUCUCAACCUCAGCUGGCGGACAGCAGCUCAACAAGUGCAUCGAAAUACUCAAUGACAUGGUUUGGAAGUUCAACAUAGUCACGCUGGACAGACUCAUUCUAUGUCUGGCUAUGCGUAGCCAUGAAGGGAACGAGGCUCAGGUCUGUUACUUUAUAAUCCAGCUGCUGCUUUUGAAGCCCAACGACUUCAGGAACCGAGUCAAUGAUUUUGUCAAGGAGAACGCUCCUGAGCACUGGCUGCAGAGUGACUGGCACAACAAACACAUGAGCUACCACAAGAAAUACCCAGAGAAGCUGUACUUUGAGGGUCUUGCGGACCAAGUCAACCCUCCCAUGCAACUCCAGCCUCAGUACCUGCCAAUCUACUUUGGCAACGUGUGCCUGCGUUUCCUGCCCAUCUUUGACAUCGUCAUCCACCGCUUCCUGGAGCUUCUUCCUGUGUCCAAGUCUCUCGAAACGCUGCUGGACCAUCUGGGAGGGCUUUACAAGUUCCACGACCGCCCAGUCACCUACCUGUACAACACACUUCACUACUAUGAGCGACACCUGAGAGACAGAACCAGCCUGAAGAGAAAACUGGUGCAUGCCAUCAUAUCUUCUCUGAAGGACAACCGUAUGCCAGGUUGGUGUCUUAGUGAAACCUAUCUUAAGUUUGGCAUGAACGCCAGAGAGGACAAUGCGUGGAUCCCUGAUGACACCUACUACUGCAAGCUGAUUGGACGCCUGGUGGACACCAUGGCGGGAAAGUCACCCGGUCCCUUCCCCAACUGUGACUGGAGGUUCAAUGAAUUCCCCAACCCCGCAGCUCAUGCCCUGCAUGUCACCUGUGUCGAGCUGAUGGCUCUGGCAGUGCCAGGAAAAGACGUUGGCAACGCUCUGCUCAAUGUUGUUUUAAAAAGCCAACCCCUGGUUCCCAGAGAGAACAUCACAGCUUGGAUGAAUGCCAUUGGGCUUGUGAUCACUGCACUGCCUGAGCCCUACUGGAUCGUUCUCCAUGACCGCAUUGUGUCUGUGCUUGGGUCUCUGGCCCUGACAGCAGAGACGGAGUGGCCAGGGGAUCCCUUUGCCUUGCUGGACUUCACAGCUUGCCACCAGAGCUACAGUGAAAUGAACUGUAGUUAUGUACUUGCCUUGGCGCACACUGUCUGGCAUCAUUCAUCCAUCGGACAGCUCUCUCUCAUACCCAAAUUCUUGUCAGAGACUCUGAAGCCCAUUGUCCAGACGGAGUUCCAGUUACUCUAUGUAUAUAAUCUGGUGGGCCCAUUCAUGCAGCGCUUCCAGAUGGAGAGGACACGAUGCAUGUUGGAGAUUGGCGUGGCCUUCUAUGAGAUGCUCCAGGCUGUCGAUCAACACUGCCAACAUCUCUUCUACAUGGACCCAAUCUGUGACUUCCUCUAUCACAUCAAAUACAUGUACACUGGAGACAGUGUGAAAGACCAGGUGGAGAAAAUCAUCAUGACUUUGCGUCCAGCCAUGAAGCUGCGGUUGCGUUUCGUCACACACAGCUACAUGAUGGAGACUUCAUCAUCUGCUGCCUCCGCCUCCACACCUCAGCCCCCUCCCUCCUCCCUGGCAUCGACCUCCACCACGGCCUCGCCCUCCUCCACACAGCACACACAUGCACCUAUGUAGGGAGGUUAACAAACACAGUUACAAUCAUGAAAAUGGACAUUCUCACACACACACUGCAAUCAAAUGUGAGUUGAAACAUUUUGCAUUAGCUGUUCUCCAACUUGUGUUUUGUAAAAUAAGGAUUAUUGUACCUUUAUAAAUAAGACCCCUGGAGCACUGGUUCUCUGUCUUGAGCAUGAUUUAUAUUUGUAAGUGCAUAAAAAAUUCAAGAAAGUCAUAAAUGUUUCCUUAGCAGCAUGUUAUCACCGACAAAAUUCAGGCAUACUGAUACAUUUACACAGCAUCUCUGAGCUCUAAUUUAGCAAAGACAACACUUUUUACCUACUGGAUCUGUACUU